AUCGACAUUCGUGGAGUGGACGCAAUGAACGCUUGUCGCGAUUGGUUUCAAAGCAUGUAGCCAUCCUCUCCUCUCAGCCGAGCCUCGCAAAGCCCCCAAGCCCGCAAUAGCAGCUUAGAUUAGACGCACUAAGUCAAGGCUCACCUUCACGCAGAUAAAACGACGCUCACACAGUCUACCCACGCAAUAAAAGACGCUGACACACAUGCACACGCAGCACAGUUAAACUGGCUCAUCUCUCACUGUCAUCCCAGAAUGUCCUCCAUCUUGAUCUCCACGUAUGCCGUUUGGUCAGUGAAGUACAUGCCCCUGGGCACAAUGACCCGCCUCGUCUCCCCCACCCUCAUCGACUGCAGCGCCUCGCGGUACCACUCGCCAUAGUGGGGGCUGGACACACUGUCGGUAUACCACCCGUCGUCGAUCUUGUUGCCGCUCCCGAAGCCGUCUCGCCAUUCCGUCCAGCGGUAGCUGACGCGCUGGUAGGCCGCCGGCACAGCGCCCAGACCCGUCCGAAUCACCUUGUGGGACGCGCCGGAGGGGAGCCGAACGAAGAGGCAACGCGGGCCGCUGCAUUCACACAUGCGCACACAACCAAUGAAGGAACACGUUGAUGAGGUCAUGAGGUCUUGUUUCUCACGUCGGUGCAGCCGGUGGAGGGUCCACUUUGACGCCAUACAUGUCGGCAUCGAAGUCAAAGGCGCGCUGCGCCCGCGUGUUGGCCAGCUGCAGGGGCAGACUGGCUUCAGCGACGGAGGCGCCGUGCCGUUUGCGGCGGUGGUGGUCGAUGAGGCGGCGAACGUGGUCGGGGGCGACGUCAUCGACCGAGCUGCCCCACCUGAUCGCAGGCGGAGUCACACCCUCAUCAAACCAACUGCGUACGUGGGACGUUCUUCGGGGUGUGCUCACUUACAGUGAUGCCGUGUUGCGUCGCUUGAGGGCCAUGUCGUCACUCAUCUCGUCGAUGGUCGACUGGGUGGUGGCGAUGGUCUGGCCGCACACGAGGAACACACGGAUGGGGUCAACCCCACUCAGGGGCGCCAGGAAGGGCUCGACGCCCUGAUUGAUAGACGCAGCACACACAGACAGACAGACAGACAGACAGACAGAGAUGCAUCCCGUGAGUUUCCUGUCUUCCCAUCCAUAACCUACCUGGAUUUCCACGGUCAGUUGAGCGUGCCGCGGCUUCUCGGCAGAGAGCUGCCUCUCGAGCUCCCUCCUCUUGUCAUCGUGCGCCUUGAGCACCUCAUCCAAUGCCAUGGCGAGCUCCCUCGCCUCCUUGGGCACUCGAGCUGUCGACACCGACCACGUGCAUGUGAUGGUGUCGUCCCUGGCGGGCGUCUUCUUGACGGGCGAGAGAAGCUUCCUCACCCAGAAAUCAUCGGCGCCACGAAAGGCUCUCCUGUGCGCGUCGGCGAGAAGACGGCCCGCCGAGUAGCCAUCCCUCCCGCCCUCCCGAGUCGCCUGCUGGACCGCUCUCGCUGCCAGUAUGGCCUGGUGUAUGGCCGCGAAGGCACCGGUGUCCAUGUCGACAAACACACGCUGCUUGUCGUCCUUCAUCAGUCGGUUGUCGAACUUGCCAGAGAAGAGUGUCGCCAGCAGACUGCCCUCCACGCCGUCCCCCUCCGUGAGGUGCUUGCGACUCACGUGCCACUCACUGCCCCCCACAUUCAUCAUCAGCAUAUCAUCGCCGCGGGCUGCCGGUGGGUCAGCGAUGCCGUGAGAUUGCUUGAGCUGAGUGAUGCUGUCUUGCAUGGCUGUGAUUUCUUGCUCCAGUGGCUUGAGGCUCUCACACAGGUGCACCACCGGCACGUGAAAGCGCGACAGAAUCGCAAACUCGGUGGUCAGGCUGUCCCGGCUGUUCGUCGGUCUGCGGGCAACAGAUACACGCAGGCGUGUUGGCGCCUCAAGGCAGAUCUGCCUUUGGUCUUGCCUCACCUGUCGGUGCCGGUGUGACGGCAGCCCCGCUGCCCCUCACUGCGGCUGCCAUCAUGACGGAAACAGCACACAAACGCGCCCAUCGAGAUCUGCACACAACGCAUGCGCACAAAGACACACAUGAAAGUGAUUCUUUGAGCAUAUUCUGCUCAAUUUAAGUUCGUCUGACCUCGUUUGUCGCCUGACGCUCAGCGCUGGUUGGUUGGUUGGUUAUUGUGUUUAACGAGACUCGUGUCUGUAACCCCGAGGGGAUCCUGUCCAGGUCACGCACUAAACUAGCAGCAUGCACAUGCAUAGAAGCAUGCACACGGCCUUGUCUCCCCAUCCCACCCACCCACCCACUCGACACCCACCAAUGGUCAGAAAAUCGCUGUUGACAACGGUUGCAGGUAUAUGAGAAUGACAGCCAGACAUAGGAAAAACACCCAGAGGCUAGUCAGAGAGCUCGACGUCGAGCGCCCACUGAUCUAAGACGUGCUGUUCGUACAGCAGCUCGUCGUCUUCCCCUGCCUGACUGUCUGGCAAGAAUGGGU